GACGGCCUUUAUAUGCCAACCCCAUUCUCCAUCCAGUCGUUCCCAAUAGACAUAGAAUCACAUCAUCAUCAUCAUCUCUCUCUCUCUCUCUUUCUCUGUCUCUCUCUAGGAUUUUUAAUGGCUGUCGUGGCAAUUGGAGUCAACUCUCCGGCAUUCUCGCCGUCGACGUUCCCCAAGACGCCGUCCUUCUGCUCUCCUCUAAGCAUCGCGCCUCCGUUGCCCUUGCCACCUUUGUUGCCCGUGCCGUUGCGUAUAGAACCGGCGGCUGAGGAGAAAGAGAGCUCGGUGCUGAGCAGGAAGAGGCCCGCAAGGCUCUCGAUUCCUCGGACAAUGGGAUCGGCAGGCUUCGGCGAGGUUGGCGUGCGCGAGGUGGGGGCGGAGUUGGUGGAGGUGCGGGAAGACACGUAUGGAGUGUAUUCCAAGAGAGGGAGGAGGGGGGGUCGCCUGGAGGAUCGAUUCUCCGCUGUUGUUGGAAUUCAAGGCGAUUCUAAGCAGGCCUUCUUUGGGGUAUUUGACGGUCAUGGAGGAGCAAAAGCCGCUGAAUUUGCGGCGAAAAACAUGGAUAAGAACAUUCUGCAACAUAUGGCAGGAAAUAGCGAUUCAAAUAUGGAGGAGGCUGUGAGAGAUGCUUACCUCAAAACAGAUGCAGAUUUCAUGCUUGAAAAUGCUAACGGCGGUACCUGCUGCGUGUCUGCAUGGAUCUGGAAAGGCGAACUUGUCGUAUCGAAUGCCGGUGACUGCCGUGCUGUUAUCAGCCGAGGAGGAACUGCAGAGGCCCUUACCACCGAUCACCGUCCUUCGCUGGAAAGCGAAAGAGAGAGGAUAGAAGCCCUGGGGGCCUAUGUCGAUUGCUGUCGUGGCAUUUGGAGAAUACAAGGUUCGCUCGCCGUAUCCAGAAGCAUUGGAGAUCAGCACCUCAAACAUUGGGUAAUACCAGUCCCGGAAACAAAAACUCUACAAGUAUCGCCAGAUUGCGAAUUCCUAGUCCUAGCUUCUGAUGGUCUUUGGGACAAGGUCACGAAUCAGGAGGCUGUUGAUUUAGUUCGGGCUAUGAACGUUGAUGCCAAUUUGCAAGAUCCCUUCUCAGCCUGUAAAAAGCUUGCCGAGUUGUCGAUGAGGAGAGGCUCGACCGAUGAUAUAACUGUGCUAGUAAUCGAUUUGCGUCGUUUUGUCUCGUGAGCUGUAGCCCGUGGAGAAUGCACCCAGAGAAAGGGAAGACCCCCCUCCUUUGCGAAGUUGGGCUGUUGUACCUCUGGGGACAAGUUCGUUACCUUAUCCACCAUCCGACCGAGUUAUCGGCUACUUACUCAUUCUAGCCAUCUCUGAUUAUGUAAAUGUAUCUAACAACUACAUAGAACUAUAGUGAUAAACUAGUUUGGACUCUGUUUAGCUGCUAUGUGAGUGUUACUGUUUGCCAAUCCCAUCCCUGGAAAGUUCUGGAUCUCUUGGCUGUACUUGUAAAUUGUGACAUUCCUUCUGCUAAGAAGUCUCAUACUUAGAAUUUGCACAUCUCCGUUGGUCG